AUGGUCGGGGACACGCCGCAGGAGGAACUACCCAGAGACGUGCGGCUUCUGCACCUGUUGCUUGCGUCGCAGGCUAUACACCGGUACGACGAGAGGGUGCCCUUGCAACUGAUGGACUUUGCACACAGGUAUACCCGUGGAGUGCUCAGAGACGCCAUGGCCUACAGGGACUACGGCGGGGCGCAGGGCACUGGUACGGGUGCCGCGGGUGCCACCAGUGGUGGUGGACCGGCCGCUGCCUCGGGCACAACGUCUGCCACGGCUACAAACGAGGGACCCUCGCUGGAGGACGUCCGGUUGGCCAUUGCGUCCCGCACGCAGUACCAGUUCAAGCCAACGGCACCGAAGGAACUGGCGUUGCAACUGGCACAGGAGAGGAACAAGAAGAAUUUGCCCCAGGUGAUGGGCUCAUGGGGGGUUCGGUUGCCCCCAGAGAAGUACUGUUUGAACGCAAGGGACUGA